AAGUCGAAAAGUACCACUUGAAUAUGCUCUUAUUGCGCGACAUGAGGAGACAUCUAAGUAUCUUUACUCUGUUACUAGAGACGAGGAACCAAGUCCAUUCUUUGAGGAUGCUGGAGCCAGGUUAUUAUGCCAAGCAAUCAACGGCAAUUUCUUGGGUUUUCGCAAGUGAUUACCUGGAAAAACGACUACCUGGAUAUAAGCGGAUUAGAGUUGAUAAUUCAAAGACCGUUUGUCUUUCUUAGUGGAGCUAAGCUGACAUGGUGGCAACGGUACAUUUAUUCAUUAAUUCAGGUGGACAUAGAUUCUACAUAUAAUGCUGUCCAUCAAGCAUUUGAAGUAAAAGAAUCAUUACUUUUAUCGACUUUACGAUACUUGCGAGGUGAAGACACAGAUGAAGAGAACCCUUCUAUUUUUGUCAGGGCAGAAGCCAUCAAAGAAAGUAAGCAAAAGGACUCUUUAAAAGUCUCCUCAACUAGUGAUAAAGGGAUGAUAACCAGCAUGUUCUUCUCAGUCAAUUCAUUUUUGGCAAGAAUUCAAGAUGCGUUCGUCUCGAUCGAUCGCAUGUCCUAUUUAACACAAGUGCCUCAUGUGAAAGAGUUGUACAACAAAAAGUUGAUGCACAAACAAGCAUCUGCAUUAGUUAAGCAAAUGUUAUCGCAACUCAAGAGAACAAUGGAUCAGGACCAGUUACGAGCAUACUUUAACAACGAUACGAACGUCAUGCAAACAGCUAUGAAGCAUGGAACUGUAGAAUUUGUAGCCGAAUGUCUCAAAAAGUUUCCGUUUAUGCUUUGGUCUGGGUUCAAUGGGAAAAAAAUGAUACCAAUGGCUAUUAUUGAACGAAAUGAAAUAAUUUUGACUCUAUUAUGUGAAGCAAAUAUGAAUACACCAAUGAAGAAUCAGCUACUUUCUUAUCGAGAUGAAAAGGGGAACACUAUCUUGCAUCACGCAGCCAAACUGGCAUCUUCCUUUCAACUCAAUUUGAUCUCUGGUUUAGCUCUCCAGAUGCUACGAGAAAUCCAGGAGUUUAAGUGGGUGGAAAUUAUUAUACCAGAGGAAGAUAAGUUCAGGAGAAAUCGGAGUGGGGAUACUGCUCAAUAUAUAUUUACAGAAGAGCAUAAAGACUUGUUGGAGAAGGCAGAAAAAUGGAUGAAAGAUACUUCUGGAUCAUGCAUGGUAGUAGCUGCCCUCAUUCCCACCGUAGCAUUUGCAGCUGUCUUCACUGUUCCAGGAGGUAACAUUAGUGACAGUAAUAGCAGUAAGAACGGCACCCCUGUGUUUCUGGGAAAACCAUUGUUUACGAUCUUUGCCUUAGCUUUAUUCUCUUCUAUCACAUCAGUUCUUAUUUUCUUAGCUAUUUAUACUUCGCGGUAUGCAGAAGAGGAUUUUCUCAAGUCUCUGCCCCAAAAGUUGAUAAUAGGUCUUGCAACCCUAUUCAUAUCUAUGGCCACCAUAGUGAUAGCUUUCGGUGUAACCCUGUUUAUGGUACUUAGGGAUAGACUCCCAUGGUCUAUUAUUCCCAUAGUUUUAUUUAGUUGUGUUCCUGUAACCUUAUUUGCAUGGUUGCAAUUGCCAUUAUUUGUGGAAAUGGUUCAGUCCACGUAUUGGGGUGGUAGUCUCUUCCAAAAAUACAGAUAUGUCAAACCUAUUAAGAAAUCUGACCAGAAAAAGAAAGAGAACUAAUCAUAUAUAGUUACAUUCUCGUGCUUGUACUCGGUUAAGCAGCACGGUGGCUAAUUUUUAGAGGUGUGACACAUUUUGUCGGUUGGAAGGUGUAAUAUUGGAGACGAAUUGUAUGUA